UUGAAAUAGAGACAAAGUUGUUCGCACCAGCACUUUAAAAACCCUCACAGCCCCUAUGAAACCAUGCUGUGCAAGGUAACCCCACUCUCAGCUGCUGACAAGGGAAGAGCAUCUUUCCCAUAGAGAUAACGUGAGUCCUGGAAUAAAAAACAAGUUACCCAUACAAGAAGAAUGCUUCCAGAGAGCACCACAGAGGACCUCAUACAGCAGCAACAGAGUGCCGGAGCUGGCAGCCACCUUCCAAUCCCUAAACAAACAGGAUGUGGAUUUUUUAUUGCUAUGUCUUCGGUCAUAGCUGCUGUCAGUGGCCUGCUCGUAGGCUAUGAGUUGGGUAUUAUUUCCGGAGCCCUUCUACUUCUGCACAGCUUAUUAGAACUGACCUGUCAGCAGCAAGAAAUAGUAGUAAGCGCACUACUGAUUGGAGCACUUUUAGCCUCACUUGUCGGGGGAUUCCUUAUAGACUACUAUGGAAGAAGACUUGCAAUCAUGGUUACAUCUUGUUUACUUGUUCUUGCCAAUCUGCUUCUUAUCACCAUUACAUCCUAUGGAAGUCUCAUUGCAGGUCGGAUUGUCAUUGGCAUUUCCAUAUCCUUAUCUGCCAUUGCAACCUGUGUUUAUAUUGCAGAGAUUGCACCGCAGCAUAAGAGGGGCAUGCUGGUGUCUUUAAAUGAACUAAUGAUUGUUGUUGGCAUUUUGUUGGCCUAUAUUUCUAACUACGUGUUUGCAACGGUUACCAAUGGCUGGCAGUAUAUGUUCGGACUCAUAAUCCCUCUAGCUGCUUUACAAGCCUUUGCUAUGUAUUUUCUUCCUCCAAGUCCUCGUUUUUUGAUCAUGAAGGGUCAUGAUGAGACUGCAGGCAAAGUGCUCCGAAAGCUGAGAGCAUCUUCACAGACCAAUGAGGAACUCACAUCCAUCAGAUCUUCUAUUAAAGCCGAAUAUCAGUAUAACUUUUGGGACUUAUUUUGCUCUAGGGACAACAUGAGAGCUCGUCUGUUAAUUGGAUUAGCACUUAGCUUCUUUGUUCAAGUUACCGGCCAACCCAACAUCUUGUUUUAUGCUUCUACGGUGCUAAAGUCAGUUGGAUAUGAGAGCAAUGAAGCUGCUAGUUUGGCUUCCACAGGAAUUGGAGUUAUCAAAGUAGUCAGUACAAUUCCAGCUACAUUUUUUGUAGACAGAGUUGGAAGUAAGACUUUUCUUUGUAUUGGGUCAGCGGUGAUGGCAACAUCUUUAGUUACAAUGGGAAUAAUAAGUCUUCAAAUUGAUGUCAAUUUUAAUAAUAUUUGUAAGAUCAACUCACAGAGAAACAAGACUUUUGAUGAUACCUCAUUUGAUAAAUUGGGAACAAUAGAUAAAAGCCAUCAGUCUUUCGGGACAGAGUUAAUUCUGCUACCAUCAACCCGGGCACCUUCUCUCAAUGUUUCAGCUAAUGAGACAAUAUUGAGGCAUUGGGAUAUUCAGUUAAGUUCCAGCUCCUCUAAAGUGACCCCACAAGCAGAAGACCUUCCAGUAUUCAUGAAGUGGUUGUAUUUGGGCAGCCUACUCUCUUAUGUGGCUGCAUUUUCCAUUGGUUUGGGACCAAUGGCUUGGCUAGUACAGAGUGAGAUCUUUCCUGCUGGGAUAAAAGGUCGCGCUUUUGCAAUAACAAGUAGCAUGAACUGGGGUAUGAAUCUCCUCAUAUCUCUGACCUUCCUCACACUUACUGUGUUGAAAAAAAGCAGUACUGGUCGUCCUACAGUCACUCCCAUCACAUCUGAUGAUGAUCACGCUGCGGAAGCAGGUCCAUCCAAAGAAGUCUUAAGCAGCAGAAGGCGCACUUCUGGAACACACCACAAAAAACAUCUGCCAGCAAAGAAAGCAAGGUCUGAUGUCCAGGGCCAACCACAGCAGGCUACCCCGCCACGAAGAUUAUCUACUGUUUGUUCGGUGCCCCCACUCCAAAUUUUGGACACACCUCCAAGACGCCAACCACACUCCCCUCAUCUUGAUUCUUCUAGUCCUGGUACCAGCAUCCCUCCGCAACAACAGCAACACAGUGACAUGGAUGACACAAUCAUGUUAGAAAUGCAUCCAGUAAUCGAAGGAAUCAGCCCCCCAGCACCUGUGAGUACUCCACCACAGCAAAGCACACCACCACCCCAACACAGCCAAACAACACCAGUAACACAAGGCCCUGAUCAAGUGUUCUGGACCAUUUGGGCUAGACAGCAGGCCACUAAUGAAGAUUGCCUGCGUAGGCAGACCCAAAUGUUUGCAAGCCUACCAUCUCACCUCAGACGAAUCAGCAGAAAUCUGAGUAGACAAAAUGAAACAAACACAAGAAUUGCAAAUACCAUGGAAAUCAUGCGUGCAGACAUUACACAUGUCAUGGGCAACUUACAGCGCAUAAUGGAAGAACAGCACAGACAACAGCAAAGCUAUAUCAACAUUUUAGAACGCAAUCAAAUGAUCAAUGAAUCCAUGUCCAGAAUUGUAGACAAUCAAAAUGCUGCAACACGUGAACUCAAUGCCACCCUCACUAACCUCAAUGAAACACUCCGAUCCCUGCAGCAACAGCAAACAAGCAGCAGUUCUGGUACGACUACUCCAAAUGUAACGCCAGUGUCGUCACCACCAAGGCGCUCCACCAGAGCAUGCCAACAUGACAGUGGUAAAGGCAAAGGCCAGGACAAGCAACCACCCAAAUAAACAUUUUAAAAAAACACACACCCAUUUCUUUAAAGAGAAGACAAACAAAACACUUACCAAGUGUAUGAUUAACAGAAUAUAUAUAACACUUUGCUCCUUGACAAUUUGUACAACAUCAUUAAUUAUAACUGGUACAAACAACAACAGGAAUUUUGUUUGCAAAUUUCUUCUUUAUCAUCUUUGUAUUUUUUGAUAGCCGGAAACUGUUGUUUGAGCUGUACAUAGAUGUUAGCAUGCAGAAAGCAGACCACUUGAUUUUUUUCUAAUCAUUACUCUUUCUAGAUUCUAAUCAUUCUUUGAGCCAGCAGACAGACUAAUUGGCAGCCAGGCAGAAUGUCUUAAGCAGGCAGAAAGCAGACCACUUGAUUUUUUUCUAAUCAUUACUCUUUCUAGAUUCUAAUCAUUCUUUGAGUCAGCAGACAGACUAAUUGGCAGCCAGGCAGAUUCAUCCAUGACCAAUACAAUUUACAAUGUGAAUUGUAACUGUUUAACAUUUCUUCUCUAGAUGAAUUGACAAUAAAAACACAAUUGAGUUGGCUAAAAGUGUCCUAAUAUGUUGGGAAUAAUAUUUAGAUAAUUCAGUCCGAAAAUGACUGACAUUAUUGUUGUGCCAUGUUUGUGUGUGUUAAAAAUAAGUAAUCAGAUUUAAAAACAUGAUGCAGAAACAACAACAUUUGAAAUAUUUGAAAGUUGAACACAAAUGUGUGUAAUAAUGGAUAUAUGUUGAAAAAUGUGUAUUGCCUUACAAAUCUUCAAGUUUUGGCCUGCAAACAUAAGGAAAUAAAUUAUUCUGC